AUGACUCUAGGCCUUAAACCAACGACUGUUGAUGCACCGUCAGAUGCCGAUCCGAAUUGUUGUAGGAAUGCACUUUGUAAUACAGACAGAAGUGAACGUCCUGGAAUUGUUCAUCGGACGUCAGCUCGCAGAUACAUUGGUGACGAGAUUACUCAUGCCCGUAUGUGUACGGACAUGGUAGAUGCAGAAGAAAGCACUGAUGCUAAAAUUGCCCUUCCACAGCUACCUCCUAAUACUAUUGAGGUGAGCGAUUCCGAGGCAGAGGAGCCCAGUCCUGUCGAGUAUGCUAUUGCAUUUGAUAUUGAUGGUGUUCUCCUCCGAGGAGGCGACGUGAUCCCAGGAGCGAGUGAGUCUUUGAGGAUUUUAAACGGAGAAAAUAAAUACGGCAUUCGUGUGCCUUAUAUCUUCUUAACGAACGGCGGCGGAAAAUCGGAAGAAUACCGUUGCAACGAUCUCAGUCAAAAACUUGGCAUUCCCGUUUCUACCUCUCAGUUCAUUCAAUCACAUACGCCCAUGCGAAUGUAUGCGGAAAAGUACAAAACUGUAUUCGUUGUUGGAGGUCAUCUUGAUUCAUGUCGACAAGUUGCUCUGGAAUACGGUUUCAAGGAUCCUGUUAUUCCCCUUGAUGUAAUUGCCUCCUCACCUUCCAUUGCUCCCUUCCAUACAUUGACUGAAGAAGAAACAGCGGUUGCCCGUCCCCGUGAUUUUAGCAAGUUGAACAUCGAGGCCAUUUUUGUAUUUGCAGAUUCACGAGCUUGGGCUUCAGAUAUGCAAGUUAUUCUUGAGCUGCUCACUUCCGAGAACGGUCGAUUUGGAACACGCAGCUCUGAUUAUGAACACCAAAUCCCCAUUUUCUUUUCCAAUCCAGAUGUGAUCUGGGCCACUCAGUACUCUCUUCCACGGUUUGGCAUGGGUGCCUUGCGAAAGUGUAUUGAGGUACUCUACGAAGAUGUGACACAUGGCCAUAAGCUUCAUUGCAUACAACUCGGCAAGCCGUAUGCUACGACGUACGAUUAUGCUAUGUCAGUGCUGUCUCAAUGGCGCUGGGUUCACAAUCAUACCCGAAAGCCACCUCGCAAUGUGUACAUGGUUGGCGAUAAUCCUGAAAGUGAUAUUAAAGGGGCUAACGAGCAUGGGUGGAAAUCCGUUCUUGUGCGAAGCGGUGUCUUUCAACCCUCUUACCCUGGAGACAAGGCAAAUGCGGACUAUGUCUGCGAUAAUGUGCUGGAGGCAGUGAGAUUCAUUAUUCAACUUGAAUUUGUACAUGAUCGAAAAAUGCAGGCACUCGAUUAA